UUUAGUUUAGCCCAAAAUUCAAACAAUCUAAACCCUCUUUCUCCUUCUCCUUGGUCGGCAAACAAACCCCACGCUCGCUGCGUCGACGCUGCUAACCGUCUUCACUUUCAUGGGUUCUUGCAAGAAUUGCAAAUCGAAAAACCUAAAUGUAGACACUGUCACCGGGAAUCUUGAAUGCUCUUCAUGCGGCGUCGUCCAAGACUUCGACAACUAUGAACAACAAACCUUCAACGCCGACGGAAUAAUCGGCACCAACGUCCGAUUAGGCACUUCUGGAUCCCGGUAUGAUUACUCUUAUCGUGAAACCAAGAUCUACUUAGCUCAAAAAGUCGUCUCAGAUAUAUUAUACAAACUUGAUUUAGAAAAUCGUGUCGAUGAGGUUAACAACAUGAUAAAGAUCAUAACCGAAGAAGAAUACGGUUCAGGAAAUUGGUUCAAUGUCCUCGUCGGCGCCUGUAUAUACGUCGUGAUGCGAAAAGCAAACAAGUGGUUACCUUUAACGAGCGUAUGCGAAACCGUUGGUUGCGAUAACUAUGAGUUAGGUCGAAUGGUAUAUCGCGUUAUCGAUCACCUUGAUUUGAAAUUGCCGGACUUUGAUAUAGUGGGGUUGUUCGAUCGAGUGAUGAAAGAGCUUCUUGGGGGGAAGGGUAACAUCGGGAAGGAUAAAAUUGGAAGAAUGGUGAAACAAGGGAUUUUCUUGAUUCAAUGUAUGAUUAAGUGGUAUGUGACAACAGGGAGGAGACCGGUGCCUGUAGUGGUGGCUGUGAUUGUUUUCGUUUGUCAACUUAAUGAUGUUGUCGAUGUUGAUUUUGAAGAUUUAGCUUCUCAAUUGAACGUGGUGGUUGCAACCUGCAAGUUAAGGUACAAUGAAUUGUUGAAGAAGUUAGUGGAGGUUGCAAGAAUUCGUCUUCCAUGGGGGAAUGAUGUUAAUGUCAAGAACAUCAUGAAGAACGCCCCUAUAGUUAUUCAAUACAUGGAGAUGAAAUCAAUGUCUAAUCCCACAAACAAAACCAAGAAUUUGGAGGAAGUAGGUGCAGAUUUGGAUUGUUUAGUCAGUGAUUGUUUGAAUAAAGAUGGACGAUAUUUUGUUCAAGAUUUUGAGUUUGAUGAUAAUAAAAAUAAUAAUGAUAAAUCACGGGGUUCAAUCGAUUGGGAAGUUGAAGAUUUGGAGAAGCUUAACAUUUCACCCGAAUGUUUAUCCACUAUUUACUUGAAAUACUUGAAUGAAUAUUCUGAAAUGAAGUCAUCAAUGGCGACACUAGAGAAUAGGAAUGAAAAAAGAAGUGAAAGAUAUGAUUUUUUAAUGGAUGGGGCUGACUAUUGGAGUGGGAAUUCUGAAUUAAGCAAGAAGCUUUUUCUUGAUAAAAUAUUGGAAAAAGAUGUUGGUUUGAAUGCUAUGCCUAAAUCUUUCAUUGAUGGAUGUUUGAAAAUACAAAAAAGAAAAAAGAAGAUCAAGGCUGCUAAGAUAAGAAUUGAGAAGAUAAGGCGUCCACCAAUCGAAGAAAAUGGUUUAGAUGAAAGUGGUCAAAGUGGUCAAAGUCAACAAUUUGUAAAAAUUCCUGUGAAUUCAAGAAAGAGAAAACGAAAGGUGAAGAAAGUUGAUAUUGAUUGGGAAGAUUUUGUUAUUGAAACAUUGUUGCUUCAUGAAGUGAAGGAAGAGGAAAUAGAGAAAGGGUAUUAUAAUACUUUGUUGGAUCUUCAUGUCUUCAACUCUGGAACUACUCACGUGAGUGGCACGCUGGGGGCAUUUUUGUCCUUUCAACCCUACAACGGACUUAAAACUACUUCUCCUUCCUUCUUUUCUCAAUCGGUGCUUCCAGUUCUCCUCUUCUACUCCAUUUCUUUUGCUCGUGAAGAUUGAAGAUCCACAAAAUUGAUUAUGGUGAAAUGCAAGUGUGGAGCUGUAGGGAUCAUACGAACUGCAGGAACAAAGAGAAAUCCUGGUAGGCCUUUUUAUGCAUGCCCUUUACAGGGACCAAGAAGUGGAUUUAUUUCGUGGGUAGAUGAAGAAAAACAUACGUAUGAGGCUGAAAGCCAAAAUCUUGAGCUUGAAAUCCAUAAUGAAGAACUUCAAAUCCAAAAUCGUGACCUUGAAAUCCAGAAUGAAGAACUUGAAAUCCAAAAUCGGAACCUUAAAAUGUUGUUAAUUGUCAGUUGGAUUUUGUUUUUUGGGAUAAUUGUUUACAAGUUGUAGUAUUAGGUAUUUCAGUAAUGGUUUUUGGUUGAAGAUAAUCUAAUGAAAGGGUAAUAUUAGCAUGUUUGUAUUGCUGCAUUUUAAUGAAAUGGUAUAUUUAGGUACAA